UCGAUUUUGGGGUAUUCCAAAAGUCAUCGUGCUUUCUGUGAUGGCUUAAGAAGAAAAGGUGACAGCAAAACCUCACAACAAAGUUCACAAAUCCCCAAUGGCUGAUCAUAUCCACACGGACACUCAGAUUCUCGGCUCUCCGUCUGAGCCCCCAUCAUCACCACCACCACCUGGAAAAGAAGCAGAUAACGGUGUGGAAAAAUUGCUUGGGUACCAAGAAUUAGAAAAUACAUUGGGUUAUUUUGAAGACAUUGUUGUGGUUGAUAGUCCCUUGGCCGAAACCCAGUUGGAGAAUCUUGGUUUUGACAGUGAGCUAGUAGAUGAUGAUUAUGGGGAAGAAGUGGUGCCUGACAGUGAGGAUGAAGGAGUACUGCAAGGAAGUGUUGUUAAUGGUCUUUUGGAUGGUAAAGCGGGUGGAAGAUUCAAAGCGAGUGGAAGUUCUCUUUGUAAGCGAGCGGAGGAUGUGGUGGUAGAUUCUGAUUACUCUAACCAUGAAAAAAGCAAUGCAGGGAACGAAGUGUCUUCUAUCAAUUUAAAUCAAUCUCAUCCACCGACGAGAUUGAGUGAUUACAACUUUCCAAGGUUGAAUUACAUCAGGUCUCAGGAACCUGAAGAGUCAUCUCAAGACAAUGCACUCAACUUUGUGGACCGCUUCUUGUCAUUUAACAAUGUGGACUUGUCUCCGGGAGUUGACAACCGAAACACUGUGAGGGACAAAUCGCCUCCUGUCCCAAGUGCAAAGGGACCUCAAAGUUUGGUGAAGAGAAUUACACGUGGAACCCCAAUUGGAAAAACAGGAACCUUUGAAUGGACUAACAGUGAUCAGCAUGGAGGAGGAGGGGGUGAUUUUUUUAGCAAGAGGGUGGAGGCAUCUGUCGAUUUUGGAGGCUGCAGGCAGAAAUCAGUGACUAGAUAUCAGGAGAUGAUGGUUUCAACUUGUAGAGACUCAAGAUCUGUAUUGCAUAGCUCAAAAGAGGUCAGGAGGAUGGCACAAGUGAGUGAAAAUAACCCUGUCAAGGAAUUGGAUGAUCAGUUGGAAGAUGGUGAUAUAGGAAGAGAUACAUCCAACAUAUUUGAUAUUGGUUUUAGCACUCAAGUGGCUGCUGAAGCAAUGGAAGCUCUAGCAUGUGGGCCUCCAGCCGGCUGCAGUAACAGUGAUGCUUAUGGAGGUCCAGAAAGUACCCUUGAUCAAUCUCUAAGGGGUGUAACUGAGAAUAAAGCUCAUUUAGGACAUUCUUCCUUUCAAGAGAAUGCUUGUUCUGAUGUAGGAGACAUACCAACAAAGUCAACACGAAGAAAGCGUUCUGUUAGAAGAUUUAAUAGAGGAGGUUCUGGUUUAUUUCAGAAGCAGUCUGAAACUAAGGAGCUUGAUCUUGAGUUGGCAAUAACAACAAAAGUGAAAAGAGGGAAGUCAUCUGCUGAGAGACAGCUGCAUUGUGGAAAUUCUUCUGGUGCAAAUGGAAGUUCAGGCAGAAGAUCUAAUAAGCCUACCAUGCAAAGAAAUGCAGAGGAAUCUUCAGGAAGGGCCAAACUUAGAGAGUUUGAGAUUGAUAUGUGUUCAUCUAUAUCAGUUGAACAUACCUCACUUGGCAAAGGACAUUCCCAAGGGAAGUGUAUGAAUUUAUCUCCUGUUUCAGGCAGAACCAGGCCAUGGAUGUCAGAGGUUAAGCUAAGAAGUAGUAAGAAUCAAUUGGAUAAUCCAGGAGAAAGGAUAAAUGAUGGUGGUAUAAUUCAAUACAGAAGAAAGAGGAGCCGUAUAGCUGCUGAUACAGUUGACGUUUUGAGUGCUAGAGAAAAAUGUUCAAAAUUGGAUUUUAAUUCAUUUUGGGAAGUUGGAGACGGCAAAUUGAAUCAACAUGAUCAGUCCACUCAAGAGGUUACUGCCAUUAACAGUUACUUAAGAUCAAAUCCAUGGAGAUAUCCUAGGCGGAAAAGAACACGUCAUAAUGUGCAAAGCCAUUCCAAUGGACCUAGAAACCUCUAUGCCCCAUUCACAACUGUAUAUGCAAAAGGCAGCAAUUUUCCUUCGACUAAAAGUCAGAAAAGGUCAGUAGACACUGGCAAAGUAAAGGGGGAAGCAGGGUCAUCAGUAUAUAUUUGCCCACAUUGGCAUUCUUCAGAAAAUGAUUCUGACAGAAGCUUGUUAGUGAAGAACUUUGAUGGACGAGGCUCAGCAGGUGCCAUUUCUAACCGUGAAUCAGCUGUCACCAAUACAAGAUUGUUUCCCGCCUUGAUGCAAUCUGGAAAUCUAGAUGGGAAAGAUUAUACAUCUUUUGCUGAUGGUGCAGAAAAGAACCAUAAGAUGGAAGUUUCAUCAAAAAAGACUAUCGAGUCAUCUCGUUCAGAAAGUACUAUUACAUUUAGCUCCACAAAGGGCAGAAAUGCAGCAUCAUCCGAUUGUUUGUAUUAUGAUUAUCACAAAAAACCAUGCUACAAAAAUCUACCAAAAUCAUUCCUUUUGAAAGAGCUUAUAAGACUAGGUGCCCCUGAGUCAAUUCCUGAUCUAACAUGGAAAGACUUGAGAAAACGAAGAGAUAUGGCAUAUGUUCGAGUCUUGUUUAGCCAGCAUUUGGAUAACAAUAUCAUCAAGCAGCAGAAAAAGAUUCUAUCACGACUGGGCAUAUCCCUCGCGUCAUGUUGCAGGGAUGCCACACAUUUUAUAGCAGACAAAUUUGCACGUACAAGAAAUAUGUUGGAAGCCAUUGCUCUUGGUAAACCAGUGGUGACACAUUUAUGGCUAGAGAGCUGUGGACAAGCAAGCUGUCUCAUUGACGAGAAAAAUUACAUUCUGAGAGAUACCAAAAAGGAAAAGGAAAUCGGCUUUAGCAUGCCUGUUUCAUUGGCUCGUGCAAGCCAACAUCCACUUCUAAAGGGCCAAAGAGUCUUCAUUACCCCUAGUAUUAAACCUGAUAAAGAAAUGAUUACUAGCUUGGUCAAGGCAGUUCAUGGCCAGCCGGUGGAGAGAAGUCAGAUAUCUGCAGCAAAGGAUGAAAAGAUAUUAGAUGAUCUUUUGAUUCUUUCUUGUGAAGAAGAUCAUGCAAUCUGUAGGCCUUUCCUUGAGAGAGGAGCAGCAGUUUACAGUUCAGAGCUUCUACUGAACGGGAUAGUUAUGCAGAAGCUGGAAUACAAAAGACAUAAGCUCUUCAUAGAUCAAGUCAAGAGAAAUCGCCUUAGCACAUGACGUGAAGCCUGCUUUUCAUUUUUGCAAGUCACAUUGGUAAGCUCUCCAUACAUAGUGAAGAGGAAUACUCUAGCACAUGAUCAACGAAACUUUUCUGUUU